ACCCGGAGGCGCUGUUGUCGAUUGUAUGCGUUACAGGGAAAACUCAUCCGGUGAACGUGUCACCCACCGAUAGUGUAUCGCUAUCUAGUCUUCUGCCUGCCGGCUCAUACACAAAUCGGCCCUCGAGGGACGGAUUGGCGUUAUCUCAGAACAUGGCCACUAAGCGGAAAGAAAGACGAGACACCGGCGGCUUGGAUUUGUCACAGGGAGAAGUGAACGCUAAUGCUACGGACCAUGUAACAUUGACAGACAGCAAUCAUGCGAGCUCGACACGCAUGUCUCUCUUAAUUCUUCUUGCCAUCUUCACCUGCUCAGCCUCACUUAUGUACCUGGUCUAUAGGAACUUCCCAGAACUUACAGAUGAGGAAAUGGGGAAAAUCAAGAUACCUAAAGACAUGGACGAUGCCAAAGCUUUGGGAACCGUAUUGUCCAAAUACAAAGACACCUACUACAGCCAGGUGUUGGUGGCCUACUUUGCAACUUAUGUAUUCCUUCAAACCUUCGCAAUUCCUGGAUCGAUUUUCCUCAGCAUCUUGUCUGGAUAUCUUUACCCUUUUCCCCUGGCUCUCUUCUUAGUCUGCUUGUGUUCCGGUUUGGGGGCUUCCUUUUGCUACAUGCUCUCCUACUUAGUGGGCCGACCAAUAGUGUACAGAUAUCUCACGGAAAAAGCCCAAAAGUGGUCACAGCAGGUGGAUAAACACAGAGACCAUUUAAUCAAUUACAUCAUUUUCUUGAGGAUAACUCCCUUUCUACCCAACUGGUUCAUCAACAUCACCUCACCUGUUAAUGUGCCCUUGGGGGUUUUCUUCAUUGGAACCUUUUUGGGUGUGGCGCCACCAUCAUUUGUAGCCAUCAACGCAGGUACAACGCUGUACAAAUUGACCACCGCCGGCGAGGCGGUGUCCUGGAACUCUCUGGCUAUACUUGCCGUCCUCGCUGGGCUCUCCAUCUUGCCUGUCUGCUUCCAGAAAAAGCUGCCAGAACUAGAGUAGAGCACAAAAGACCUCAGUAUCUGAUCCCCCAACUGUGACAGCCCCCCCAAUCCUUUCGCCUCAGGAACGUGCGCCUGUCCUUGUUGCUCUGCAUCCGUUGCAGCUACGUGAAGUCCUAGUGUGAGGUUCUCCCUCGCCGAUAACAUGACAAACAUGGCUGCAUUGCAUGGGCUGCACAAUGGUGUUUUUUUUUUCCUGGAGUUCAUCAUGGCAAUCCCGCAGAGCCUUUUAAAGGCACAACAUGUUUCUGGUGUCAGUACGCUUAAGAAAGUCUUUGGAGAGCAUAAGAAAGAUUCUGGUGCAUAUAAAAAAAAAAAAAAAAAUGCACCUGGCAAAACCUUUGCUAGAAAACUGUCUGGCACAUACUAUGAAAACGUUUCUGCCAUGGUCAAUAACCUACCACGCACAAAAAAAGAAUUGUGGUCCGCUGCUUUCUGGUGCGUACACAGUAACUUUCUAGUGCACUUGUUGAACUUCUGAUGCACGCAAGGAAACUUUCUGGUGUGCACAAUGAAAUUUGUAGUGCACUCAUGAACCUUUGUCAUGCUCACAAGAUUUUUUUUCCAGGUACGCAACAGAUAGUAGCAGACCACAAAUUCUCUAAUGUGUACAAGAAACAUACCUGCAACCCCCAAAAUCCUUAAGGGGCUCUAUAACAUGUAGGAGAAAAUGUUUUUUUAAAGAGUGAUUUUAAGGCACUUCUUAUAGGAUGUGAGGACUGGGGGGCGGGGGAUUGCAAUUAUAUGUAAUUGGUCUCCUUAAUUUGGGGUAGUGUUUCUGCUUGCUAAAAAUAACACAAUUUAAGAGCAAAAUCCACCACUGGAAUUCCCCACCUCCAGUGAAUGACAUCAACAUCCUAUUUGUAGCACCUCAACGUUCACUUCCUUUCAUGUCUUAGUGUUCCCCCCCUGUUUUAUUUCUGUGUUUAAGGAAGCAAUAACUGCUGCACUGUCACCGCUGCGUUGAAAGUGAUUUUCUGUUUUAUGCGUCAUAGUAAGUGCUUGCUUUAUGGAAUGUAUGGUGCAGCGGAGGGAAUUUAAAAUCAAAAACAAAAAAAUACAAAAAUAAACUUGAUCGAGAUGCACUGCGCAAGUGCAUCUUGUUCAUGAAAUUCUACCUCUAAAUGCGCCUAGAUUCAUGGACAUGUACUACUUUUUUAAAAAUUAUUAUUUUAACAGACUGCGGAAGCAUUUCUUGCUCACUUAAUUCCAAUCUGGAGGAUUGAAUGUCAAAUCGCUACAAUGCUCCUGUACAGUGCCAAUUGAUUAAAGUUUGCAUUCUCCUUGGUAUAGAACGACUGAUUAGUGUAGUAUUUUGGGUGGCCUAGAAUUUUCUCCAUCUCAAGGCUGACAAAACUUCAGUUAGUAUUUUUUAUUUUUUUUUGCUCCUAUGAGCAUUGAUGAAGUAAACAUGCAGACGACCCAUUUUUAUGUGAAAUAAUUUGUUGACCCUUUUUCAAGAUUUUUUAUUUAUAGCAUUGUCACGUGUUGCUUGAUCGCUUUUGUCAAAUGAGAUGUCUUAAUACAACAGAUUUCUACUAACUAAUACUAGCUACUGUAAGAGCGUCCCAAAACGGAAUUUGAAUGUUUACACAAAAACGCAAGUUGUUAAAUCAAACUAUUGUGUUUAAAUGUAAAGUAUGAACAUUUAUCAUCUGUGUUCCUCAUCUGAGUUCCUCAUCUGAGUUUUGGGAUGUUUUGUUUCUCACUGGCUUAAGAAGAAAGCUCUAUUUUACAGGGUAAUUCAAUUGGUGAAUGAAAUGUCUUCAAAUAAAUUCUGCCUCAAUAUGGCAACACUUGUA